AUGGCUGAUCGUAGUAAGAGCAGGAUACGUUUUAGCAGACUUUACUCGUUUUUGUGUUUGCGAUCGCCAUUUAGGGAUGAACAUAGCCAAAUUGGGCAGAAGGGUUUUUCAAGGGUUGUGUAUUGUAACGAACCUGAUAGCACAGAGCAGCUCCAACUUAGGUAUAGGAGCAAUUACGUUUCUACAACCAAGUACAACGCUUUUAAUUUUAUUCCGAAGUCAUUGUUCGAGCAGUUUAGGAGGGUGGCAAAUAUAUAUUUUCUUGUUGUAGCUUGUGUUUCAUUUAGUCCCCUGGCACCAUACACAGCUACUAGCAUUCUCUUCCCUUUGAUUGUGGUGAUUGGAGCGACAAUGGCCAAGGAAGCGGUCGAAGACUGGAGACGCAGGAAGCAGGAUAUUGAGGCCAAUAAUAGGAAGGUCGAAGUUUAUGAUAGGAAUCACAAUUUUCAAGAAACCAGAUGGAAAAAAUUACGGGUUGGGGAUCUUGUGAAGGUAUAUAAGAAUGAAUAUUUUCCUGCGGAUCUGUUGCUUCUUUCAUCAAGCUAUGAGGAUGGGAUUUGUUAUGUGGAAACUAUGAAUCUAGAUGGAGAGACUAAUCUGAAGGUGAAGCAUGCUUUAGAUGUUACAGCUUCUCUGCAUGAUGACGAUUCUUUUCAGCAAUUUAAGGCAGUUAUGAAAUGUGAGGACCCAAAUGAAGAUUUGUAUGCAUUCGUUGGAACUCUGUUCUACAAUGGUCAGCGGCAUCCUCUAUCGGUACAACAGAUCCUUCUAAGAGAUUCUAAACUGCGGAAUACUGAUUAUGUCUAUGGGGUGGUUAUUUUUACUGGUCAUGACACAAAAGUUAUGCAGAAUGCUACAGACCCUCCUUCCAAGAGAAGCAAUAUCGAGAGAAAAAUGGAUAAAAUAAUAUACAUCCUCUUUAGUACGUUAAUUUUGAUAUCAUUUAUAGGAUCUUUCUUUUUUGGAAUUCAGACUAAGAACGAUAUUGUUGGUGGAAAGUUAAAGAGGUGGUAUCUACGACCAGACAAGACAACUGUGUUUUAUGACCCGAAAAGAGCAGUGCUUGCUGCAUUUUUUCAUUUCUUGACUGGGCUUAUGUUGUAUGGGUCUUUGAUUCCAAUAUCACUGUAUGUGUCCAUCGAAAUUGUAAAGGUUUUACAGAGUAUAUUUAUUAAUCAAGACCAGGAUAUGUAUUAUGAGGAUACAGAUAAGCCAGCACGUGCAAGGACUUCCAAUUUGAAUGAAGAACUUGGUCAAGUUGAUACAAUUCUUUCUGAUAAAACGGGGACUCUGACAUGCAAUUCCAUGGAGUUUGUUAAAUGUACAAUAGCUGGCAUAGCUUAUGGUCGUGGCAUGACAGAAGUAGAGAGGGCACUAGCAAAGAGAAAAGGGAAGGCUGUACCUGACUCUGGAAACACUUCCUCUUAUGUUCGAGGGUCUAGUGAUCGCCACACAGACUCGGGAAAAUCAAUCAGAGGUUUUAACUUCAGAGAUGAACGCAUUAUGAAUGGUCAUUGGGUUAAUGAACCUCAUGCAGAUGUGAUACAAAAGUUCUUUAGAGUUUUAGCACUCUGCCAUACAGCCAUUCCCGAUGUCAAUCAAGAAUCUGGUGAAAUUUCCUAUGAAGCUGAAUCCCCAGAUGAAGCUGCCUUUGUCAUAGCUGCAAGGGAACUUGGCUUUGAGUUCUUUGAAAGAACCCAAACUAGCAUCUCUUUGCAUGAAUUUGAUCAUCAGAGUGGCAGAAAGAUUGACAGAUCAUAUAAGCUUCUUCAUGUCUUAGAGUUCAGCAGUGCUCGGAAAAGAAUGUCUGUAAUUGUACAGAAUGUAGAAAACCAGUUGCUGCUCCUAUGCAAGGGUGCAGACAGUGUGAUGUUUGAACGGCUCUCAAGAAAUGGACGAGAUUUUGAAGCUACAACAAGGGAUCAUAUUAAAGAAUAUGCUGAAGCAGGUUUACGAACUUUAGUUGUCGCAUAUCGUGAGCUUAAUGAAGAAGAGUUUAGGUUGUGGGAGGAGGAGUUUCUGCAGGCCCAGACUUCUCUAAAUGCGGAUCGAGAUGCAAUGGUAGAUGCAGCUGCCGAAAGGAUUGAAAGAAACUUAAUUCUCCUAGGUGCUACGGCUGUCGAAGAUAAACUACAGAAAGGGGUUCCUGAAUGCAUUGACAAGCUUGCAGAGGCUGGAAUUAAGAUGUGGGUCAUAACUGGUGACAAGAUGGAGACAGCAAUAAACAUUGGAUAUGCUUGUAGCUUACUUAGAGACGACAUGAAGCAAAUUGUAGUUACCCUAGACUCUCCAGAAAUAAAUGACCUAGAAAGACAAGGAAACAAGGAAGCUAUUGCGAAGGCUUCGAGUGCAAGUAUAUCAAAACAAAUAAGUGAAGGAAAUUCACAAAUCAGUUUAUCUAAUGGAAGUUCCAUCUCCUUUGGUUUGAUAAUUGAUGGCAAGUCAUUAUCGUUUGCUCUCAACAAGAAUUUGGAGGAUUCAUUUUUGGAUCUUGCGAUUAAUUGUUCAUCUGUUAUAUGCUGUCGCUCCACACCUAAACAGAAAGCUCUUGUUACUAGAUUGGUAAAAAGGGGUAUAGGCAAGACAACGUUAGCAAUUGGUGAUGGGGCAAAUGAUGUAGGCAUGCUUCAAGAGGCUGAUAUUGGGGUUGGCAUCAGUGGUGUUGAAGGCAUGCAGGCUGUGAUGUCAAGUGAUUUCUCCAUAGCUCAGUUCCGGUUUCUUGAGCGUCUCUUGUUGGUUCAUGGCCACUGGUGUUACAGACGAAUAUCUAUGAUGAUAUGCUAUUUUUUUUACAAGAACAUUGCAUUUGGGUUCACUUUAUUUUGGUUUGAGGCUUAUGCUUCGUUCUCUGGCAAACCUGCUUAUAAUGAUUGGUACAUGUCUUUCUACAACGUAUUCUUCACUUCACUUCCCGUGAUUGCUCUUGGUGUUUUUGAUCAGGACAUAUCUGCACGACUCUGUCUUAAGUAUCCCGUGUUAUAUAAAGAGGGAGUGCAGAAUGUUCUCUUCAGCUGGCCGCUCGUUCUUGGCUGGAUGUUGAACGGUGUUAUUAGUUCCAUGAUUAUCUUUUUCUUCACAACAAAUGCUGUCGUUAAUCAGGCUUUCCGGAGAGAUGGUCAUGUUGUCGAUUAUGAAGUGCUUGGGGUUAUGAUGUAUACUUGUGUCGUGUGGACAGUGAACUGUCAAAUGGCAAUAUCUAUUAACUACUUCACUUGGAUCCAGCACUUCUUCAUCUGGGGAAGCAUUGCUUUCUGGUAUGCAUUUCUAGUGAUGUACGGUGCCGUGUCUCCUAUAAUAUCUACAACAGCAUACCAAGUUCUCGUGGAAACCUGCGCUCCGAGUCCUUUUUACUGGCUGGUUACACUUCUGGUUGUCGUUUCCUCUCUAUUACCAUAUCUUUCAUACAGAACUUUACAAAUUCAGUUUCGACCUAUGAUCCAUGACAUUAUUCAAAGACUAAGGUCUGAAGGCUCAGAAACAGAAAUUUCGGGGGAGUUGUCUCUUGGAAACAAGGAAAAAUUAGCUCUAGUAGAGGAAAAAUUGAUAGACAGAGUCAAUGCUACAUAA